AUGGCGGAACCAGACAAGACCGCCUCGCCCGCAGGCGCCGCGGCCGCCACCGCCGUCCCGCCCGUGCCAUCGGACGCACCGGAACAGAAGCAGCCAGAGUCGUCGCUGCAGCAGCCCAGCGACGCCGUCGAGAUGACAACGGUCGAGGCCGGCAGCGCCCAGAACGGCGACCACCACCACCACCACCACCACAACGACGCCGCCGCAGCGACAGGCGGCGCAGACGAGCCCUCGUCGGCAUCGGUAAAGGGCAAGGAGAAGGAGACGCCGGCGGAGGAGAAGACGGCGUCCGGGCUGGAGGCCGAGACGGAGCCCAAGAGGGACUCGCUGUCGAUCACCAGGACGGACGAGCACGGCGGCGUGUCCUCCCCCUCGGACGGCCCCGUCUGCAACAUCACGCUGCUGCUGCCCACGGGCGCGCGGCACCCGUACAAGAUCGACGAGCGGUACCUGUCCAAGCGCAGCGUCGACAUCCCCGAGACCAACGACGAGGGCCGCAAGGACCCCUUCAGCAUCUCGGUCUACAAGCUCAAGGAGCUGAUCCUGAGGGAGUGGAGGCCCGAGUGGGAGGCCAAGCCGGCCAGCCCCAGCAGCAUCCGGCUGAUACACUUUGGCAAGCUGCUGGACGACAAGGAGCAGCUGAAGAAGUACCAGUUCUCCGCCGAGUCGCCCAACGUGGUCCACAUGUCGGUACGGCCGGCCGAGAUGAUGGAGGAGGACGAAGCGGCCAAGGGUAAGAGCAGUGGCCGCGAGGGGAGGAACCGCGACGGCUCGAGCAACUGCUGUAUUAUAUUAUGA